CCAGUGUGGCACCUGGAGAGCGACCGGGGGGUUAGGUGCCUAGCUCAAGGGCACCUCAGUCAUUUCCUGCCGGUAUUGAGAAUCGAACCCGCAAGCUUCGGGUCAUCAGACUCUGUAACCAUUUGGCCACGACAUUAAACACACACGCACAUUGUGCUCGCUUCAACAAGGGGAGCCCGGGAGUCUUAAACACAAGAAUGGGCAAGAAUAGGACCACCAACUCAGGUCUUCACGCACACUGUGAAAAAUGUCAUAACCAGGACUGCAAGAUUCCCAUAGACAUCUCAACGUCCUGUGUCUUCAUUUUCUGCCAGCUGAACUGCGGUGCAGCCUUCCAUCUUUGUAAAGAGGACGAGCAUCGUCUUUUGUGCCCUAAGGAAACUGUACCAUGCCUCAACUCUGGCUAUGGCUGUCCCAUUACCAUGACUCGCCAAAAAAUUGCCCCUCACCUAGAAGUGUGUCCUGCCAGUGUGAUCACUUGUACCUUCGAAUGGAACCGAUGGCCUGUGAACGAGACCGAUACCACCUUCUACAGAAAUGCCAUCCAGGAUCCAAACUGCAUGAGCCAGUUAGACCUUGCUAUGGCCCUUAGAGAUCAGAAGCUUCUGUUUAGCUCAAUUCAGAUGAAGACACUCUUCCCUGAGUUGGUAGAGAAGAUGGAGGAGCCUGAAGUUCCACUGGAUGGUGCUGUUGGAGGUGUUGAUCCAGAGUCUCCGAACUUACCCCCGGAAGAAAUGUUGGAGAAUAGUCUUAAUGGGGAAGAAGGACAAGGACUAACCCAAGAGGAGAGGCUGGCCCUUGCUAAGAGUAAAGAUGUGACCUGCUUGGAGAACUACGAGAUGUGGGAGAGAAUGUUUGCGAAGGAGAAGGAAGGAUGCAAGCAAACCGUGAAGAAUUUAGAUGAUAAAAGUUGUCCGAUUAAGGAUAAGGAAGACCCCAAAGUGACCCCUCAGAAUUCCAACGAUGACAUUUCCGGAACAGGUUUAGCUCCUUGGCAAGAUGGCGUUCUUGACAGACUCGGUAAACUCAACGUGGCCGAGUAUAAUAUGUAUCUGGUGCACAACGGAAGCAUGCUUAUCAACUUUGGUCAGCUGGCUGCUUGCACACCUAGAGAGAAAGAUUUUGUUUAUGGUAAUUUGGAGCCCAUUGAAGUUCAAACCAUACACUCUUUCAACUUUCCAACCAGCUACAGACCCAAGCGUAGCCACCUCAAGGAUCCAUCAAAAAUAGUUAAGAAGACACACCAGAAUGUGGACACAUCUGAUUUAGGUAUUGCUAUUGAAAAGCUCCCAAAGGCGAAUGAGAUAGAGGCGACACUGCUGUGUGCACUAGAAAGAGAACUGAAAGGUCAUCAGAUAUGUGAGUCUGUUGGAAUCGACGGGCUAUAUGUUGACUGUGGCACCCAGACCUAUGACUUUCACUCUGCUCCAUUCAAAAGUGAUGCAUCUUUGGCCAAUGUUGUUGAGGACCAGCCGCAAAACCUACAUGUGCAGAUUCAGACAGAAUGUGUGACUAGGAGACACAACAAAUCCUGCUCCGCCUUUAGUUACCUGUGCUGUAAUGCUUUUAGGCGUGACGAAUACCCCUGGCACUUUAGAAACGUGCAUGGAGACAUUCAGUCAUGUCUUACAGGCUGGUUUUUACAGCGGUGCCCACUGGCUUACCUUGGUUGCACCUUCAGCCAGAAGCAAUUUCGGCCAUCUAAAUAUAAGGCUACAGUGAGCUAUGAUACAGAUCUUAGCACUUUCAUCUUACGACCAGAGGUGGUACCGUCACUUAACAAAGGAGUAAGAAUCGCUGACAGUGAACGCAAACGAGCAAGGAAUUUGGAUUCUCUGAGCAGACUUCCUUUUGAGGUUUUACAACACAUUGUGAGUUACCUGGACAGUGUGUCUUUGGGUCGUCUAUCUCAAGUUUCCAAGUUAAUGAGGGAGGUGUGCAGCACUGUUCUUCAGCAAAAGGGUAUGGUGUACCUUAAAUGGGAGAAAAAGACAUACUCUCAUGGUGGAUUCACCUGGAGGGCCCGGAAAAAGGUAUGGGAGUUUAGCACUCUGCACUCGCCAGUGGAUAAAUGGGUCUUUGAAGACAUGCCGCCUAUGGCAGAGCACCUGAAGGUCUGUCCUUUCUAUCAGAAGGAGAUUCGAAGUGAACCUGUCCCAUUACCCAGCAUGACAGAUCUCCAGGAGAGAAGAGGAGAAUUCCAGACUCUAGUCAAUAGUGUCCUCACUACUGUCAAGUCACACAGAGAAUAAGAGACGGCUGUGUGGCGCAAGCUGUGGACUUAUAAUUUAAAAGCAUGCUGCAUGCACUGACCUCAUCAAAUAUUUCUAGAUAAAAUUGUUAUAGUCAAUUGUUAAAGUCAAAGGGACAGUUCACUCAAAUAAAUAAAUAAAUAAAUAAAUAAAUAAUUCUGAUCACUGA